GACGGUUGCGGAAAGGUCUGCGAGCUGGUGGGAGUUUUCGACAACAGCUGUGGUUGCCAGCGUGAGAUGUGAUCAGUCUAGUGGGCCAGUGGUCACCGUUUCCGGCAGGGAACAUGUCAGUUUACUCUCUGAAAUGUUACACCUGUGACGCACAAUUUACCAACGCCAACUGCCUUACCGCGACAAACUGCAGCAGUAACGCAACGUCUUGUCUGACGUCGGUGGCAUCAGGAGGUGGGUACACCGCCAUCGUAAAGACUUGUGAAGCGUCCUGCACUCCGCUCACUACCACCAUCGCCGGAAUCUCCGCCACCGUCACCUGCUGCAGCACCGAUCUGUGCAACUACAGCGCCGGCGCCAGCAUCACGUCCAGCUAUGCCGCCAUCAUCCUAGCGCUGGGAUCCGUCCUGACUAUCCUGAAGAGCUCAGUUUUAUAACGGGCGACACCGGUGUACAGUAUAAAAACAAUAAAGAAAACAG